GCUCCCGGCUGCCCGGGGAGGAGCGAUGGAGGCGCUGGAGGCGGCGGCGGGGCUCCUGCUGGGGCUCUGCCUCCUGGCCGUCGGCCUGUACUGCUGUUACGUGAAAUAUAUCCACGCCAAGUACGACCACAUCCCCGGCGCCCCGCGGGAGAGCUUUUUAUUUGGCCAUCUGCUGAUCUUGUGGAGAACGCUGAGGAAGCGGGAGUUUAUGCAUGAUCUCUUACUGCAGUGGGCAGAGAAAUAUGGACCUCUUGUACGAUUUAAUGCCUUUCACAGAGUCUCGGUAAUGGUUCUGAGUCCCGAAGGAGUGAAGGAGUUCUUGAUGUCACCACAGUACCCAAAGGAUCGGAUGGUGUACGGUCGUAUGUUCAACACACUUGGUGAGAGGUGUCUCGGGAAUGGCUUGGUAACUGUUUGCAACCAUGAGCAUUGGCACAAGCAGCGGAAGGUGAUGGAUCCAGCUUUCAGCCGAACCUACCUUAUUGGUCUGAUGGAAACUUUUAAUGAAAAAGCAGAGGAGCUGAUGAAGAAGCUAGAGGAAAAGGCAGAUGGAAAAAAAGAGUUUAGCAUGCUGACGAUGAUGAGCCGGGUGACUUUGGAUAUCAUUGCAAAGGUAGCCUUUGGCUUGGAAUUAAACGCACUGAGUGAUGACCAGACGCCUUUCCCGCAUGCUGUGACCAUGAUUUUGGAGGGAAUGACCAAGACGCGCAUCCCCUUCCUGCAGUACAUGUCAGGGAAAGAGAAGCUGGAGGUCAGGGAGAGCGUGAGGCUGCUGCGGCGUGUGGGGAAGGAGUGCAUCGACCAGAGGAGAGAGGCCAUCCAGAACGGGAAGGAAGUCACGCUGGAUAUUCUUACGCAGAUACUGAAAGGAGAUGCUCUGGAGGAAACUAGAGAUGACGAAAACAUUCUGGAUAACUUUAUCACUUUCUUUGUUGCGGGUCAUGAAACCCUUGCCAAUCAGUUGUCAUUUACAGUAAUGGCACUGGGUCAGCAUCCUGAAAUCCUGGAAAGGCUUUAUGCUGAAGUGGAUGAAGUUCUUUGUGCCAAGAGAGACAUUAACCACGAGGAUCUUAGCAAACUCACGUACUUAUCGCAGGUUUUGAAGGAAUCGCUGCGCCUGUACCCACCCGUCCCAGGGACGGUACGCCGGAUGGAGAAGGAGUGUGUCAUCAACGGUGUCAGAAUUCCUGCAAACACAUCGCUCGUUUUCAGCACUUAUGUAAUGGGGAGGAUGGAAAAGUAUUUCAAGGAUCCACUCACUUUCGAUCCAGACCGAUUUAGCAAAGAUGCACCUAAGCCGUAUUACUGCUAUUUUCCAUUCUCUCUGGGCCCCCGAUCCUGCAUCGGGCAGGCGUUUGCACAGAUGGAGGCGAAAGUGGUGAUGGCAAAACUGCUGCAGAGGUUUGAAUUCCAGCUGGUACCAGGGCAGAGUUUUAAACUCUUGGAUGCUGGAACCGUUAGGCCGCUAGAUGGAGUAAUGUGUAAAUUAAAGCCAAGGAGCACUGCAAGAGGCUGCCAGGAGUGACUGCUCAGGAAAGGAGCGUGACACGGUAGUGGUAGCGUUUCUUCUGAUUUUGAAGAUCUUCACACUAAUCAAAGAUUAGAUUUUGCAGGCCCCUUUAGAGUGUUACUAGACUGAAUUUUUUCCUAGCCUUCCUCAUCAUUCACUGAAGAAAACCUUAGGAGAGUCACUCUAGAUAUGUUUGAGCAUCUCUGAUGUGGAAGCGUACCUGGAAUUGCAAAGCCUGUAUUUUCCUGGGGGACUGUUUGGUUCUGACCAGACUUGGAAAAGAAUGUCCUUUCACUGGAGUAUCCCUGGAGCUCCACACGAACCUACACUCAAAUCCCAGCUGAUAGUUUCUACUAAGUUUACUUCCAACACAACAUGGUCUAAGUAAGCCCUUGUUCGGGGAGUUUCCUGUUUACACAAUGACACAAAAAUCAGAGACUGAGGCCACUACUUUUCCCGGUUUCUUCUGCCUCAUUUUUAUUCAGUUUCUCCUACUUUUCUUACAGUAUUAUUCAGAGCACAGAUGCCCAGUCCAUGCUGUUGAAAGGGGCUCUCCUGCUUCCUGCUACCCCUCUCCACAGCCCGUGCCUUUUCCUGAGAUGCUCUUCUUUUGAGGGGGAGGGUAUCUUGCUGGGUUUAUUUUAACUUGGAUCAUUUUCCCCAUCUGGUUUACCACAAAGCUAUACCAACACUUGGGCUAGAUGGUCUAGUAGGUACAGCAGGGUUGGAAGUAAGCGCCUGCAACCAAAUGCUGCUUAAAAUGAUACUGCCGCUGAAGAAAUGCAUCUGCAACUUGAGGCAGCGGCAGGAGGAGAUCCUGUACCCCCUUCUUCCACAGAUGGACCAGAAUUGCUCACUGCAUGCAGGCUUGCAGCCUGGCUCUGCUAGGGAAAAAAAAAAAACAACCAUCGUGUGAAAAUGCCACCUUCUGGAAAUACAUGGAUACCUAACAUGAGUUUGGGCCUUCUCUGUCAUGAAACACAGGGAAUUCAAGACAAUUGGUGCUGCCACUGUUAUUUCUUACCUUUUUGAAUUAAAGGGGCAAGAACCCAGUCUGUACGCCGUCAAGUUCCCAUGGUGGUUUCCAUACCAGGAGCUUUCCCUGGCUCUGCCCCUGUUGUGCAGAGUCUCAUUCAGUGCAGCAGUGGGACAGCAGGCCGAUAAGGUUGAUGUGGUUUUUGAUAUCAUAAGCAAUGUCAUACUAACUCUGUAUGUACUAACAUACAUAGAGGUACCAAUACCUGUACUGCUAGGGAGAGUUUAGUCCAGCUAUCAGUAGGUAAGCUCUCCAGUCCCUUGUGCUGGAGAUCUGCUUAUAUCCUCCUCGACAUCAAUAAAAUCUCAUUGGAAAACUGA